AUGGCGUGUGUGAAAUUUGCAUCUCGAUUCUCCAUUCUAUGUUUCGCUACUUCAAGAACUCUAAAUCUUAAUUCCAAAAUACGCCCUUUCUCCACUGUAAAACAGACCUUCAAAGCCAAAGGGAAACUGAAUGACGCUAGAUUUGGAAUUUCCUUGAUUAGAAGAUUCUGGAUGAGUUCCUCCUCCCCCUCUCAGGAGUCAUCAGAGAAGCAAACUCAGCAAGUGGAGAGAAUAUUAGAUGCCAGAGAUGAUGACCAUGGAGGAGUCAUGGUGGAAAUGACCAAUGAGUCCAUGGAUGCUGGUGUCUUUGUUUCUUUACUUAGAGCCUCGCUUUCCCAUUGGAGACAGCAGGGGAAAAAAGGUGUCUGGAUUAAAUUGCCUAUUGAGCUUGUAAAUCUUGUUGAGCCUGCUGUUAAGGAAGGAUUUUAUUAUCACCACGCUGAAGCUAAAUACAUAAUGCUUGUGCAUUGGCUUCCUAGUAUUGCUAAUGCUCUGCCAGCCAGCGCCUCACAUCGAGUCGGUGUCGGUGCUUUUGUCGUGAAUAAAAAGAAUGAGGUUCUAGUUGUUCAGGAAAAGAGUGGAGCCUUCCGUGGAACGGGUGUCUGGAAGUUUCCGACUGGAGUCGUUGAUGAGGGUGAAGAUAUAUGUGAUGCCGCAGUGAGAGAAGUGAAAGAAGAGGCAGGAAUCGAUUCAAAAUUUGUAGAAAUACUAGCAUUCAGACAGAGCCACAAGUCAUUCUUUGAUAAGUCAGAUUUGUUCUUCGUGUGCAUGAUGCAACCACUCUCCUUUGACAUCAAACCACAGGAAGCAGAGAUAGAGGCAGCACAGUGGAUGCCAUAUGAAGAAUAUGCGACGCAGCCAUUUGUUCAAAAACACGAGCUUCUUAGGUAUAUUGCUGAUGUAUGCAGAACAAAGAAAGAUGGACGGUAUUCUGGAUUCUCUGCGGUGCCUACAAUAACUAGUUUUUCUAAGAAGAAAAGCUACUUGUAUUUAAACAAGAAAGACGUAGACUCGUAA